UUUGUUCUUUCUCCGACCCGUCCUUCAAUCCGUUCCCCACAACGCCCUUUCUCAUUCUCUCUUUGGUUUCUUCGUUGAGAUUAGGGUUAGGGUUCCGGCGAGAGGGAGGAUGAAGGAUUCCGUUGCUGGUGGAGCAGGAGGAAGUGCGGGAGGAGCGUCGGGAAGCGGAGGGGAUCUGUUUGAUCAUCGGGUGGCGGUGGCGAUGGACCCGGACUUCUCUGGGGGGUUGGGGGAUCAGAACUUUGAGUUUGCUUUCAAUUCGAGUAAUUUUUCUGAUAGGGUUCUACGGAUCGAGAUCGUUGCUGGGCCGCCGGAGAGCCGGAGCGAUCGGGAUGGUUGUAGUAGCAUAGCUGACUGGGCUCGCCAUCGGAAACGCCGUAGGGAUGAUAUCAAAAAGGAGAAGGCUGCGGAGUUCUCAGUGUACAAUUCAGAGCAGAUUGUAAACUGUGACCAACCUGAUACUGAGGAUGCUGGCGCAUAUGAAAACCAUGAUGGUGAAGCUGUAGCAAUGAUUGAAGAAUCCCCAUCAGGUGAUGAGCCUUCCAACAGCAGCGAUUCCUCUUGGAGCAUGGAUUGCUCUCCUGUGCUGAGAAUUAAGUCCUUAUUUAUUAGCUCUGCUAUACUUGCUGCCAAGAGCCCUUUCUUCUAUAAACUUUUCUCUAAUGGUAUGCGAGAAUCAGACCAGCGUCAUGCUACCUUGCGAAUUAAUGCCUCAGAGGAAACAGCACUCAUGGAACUUUUGAGUUUCAUGUAUAGUGGGAAGUUGUCAACUGCAUCUCCUACUCUCUUGCUGGAUGUGUUGAUGGCCGCGGAUAAAUUUGAGGUUGCUUCAUGUAUGAGGCAUUGUUGUCAGUUGUUGAGAAGCUUGUCCAUGACAACAGAAUCUGCUCUUCUGUAUUUGGAGCUCCCAUCAACUGUUUCAAUGGCUUCAGCGGUCCAACCUCUGACAGAUGCCGCGAAAGAAUUUCUUGCCAAUAAAUAUAGAGACAUAACAAAGUUCCAAGAGGAGGUUAUGAAUCUACCUCUUGCUGGCAUAGAGGCUAUCCUGUCUAGUGAUGAUCUUCAGGUAGCAUCAGAGGAUGCAGUCUAUGACUUAGUGCUCAAGUGGGCUCGAGCUCAAUACCCUGAGGUGGAUGAACGUCGGGAGAUACUUGGGUCCCGGCUUUGCCGCCUGGUGCGCUUCCCAUACAUGACGUGCAGGAAACUGAGGAAGGUACUAACUUGCAAUGACCUUGAUCACGACCUUGCCUCCAAGGCCGUCCUUGAGGCACUCUUCUUCAAGUCUGAGACCCCGCAUCGUCAACGAAUUCUUGCCUCAGAGGAGGUAGCAAAUCGAAGAUUCAUGGAGCGGGCAUACAAGUACCGGCCCGUGAAGGUAGUGGAGUUUGAACUUCCCCAUCCACAGUGCAUUGUUUAUCUGGAUCUCAAGCGAGAGGAAUGUGCAAAUCUGUUCCCGUCUGGCCGUGUCUACUCCCAGGCAUUCCACUUAGGUGGGCAGGGAUUCUUUCUGUCGGCUCACUGCAACAUGGAUCAGCAGAGUUCGUUCCACUGCUUUGGACUUUUUUUAGGUAUGCAAGAGAAGGGCUCUGUCAGCUUCACCGUAGACUAUGAAUUUGCCGCAAGGACAAGGCCGACGGGUGAGUUUGUGAGCAAGUACAAGGGUUAUUACACCUUCACCGGUGGAAAGGCAGUUGGAUACCGCAAUUUGUUUGCCAUUCCUUGGACAUCAUUCAUGGCUGAUGACAGCCUCUACUUCAUUCAUGGCACGCUUCAUCUGAGAGCUGAACUGACCAUCAAACAGCCUCAACCUCAGUAGUAGCAGCAGCAGCAGCAGUAGCGGCAGCUUCAACCGCAGCAGCAAUGGCAGCCUCAACCAACAAUCCUUUUCUUAUGUACAGGGUUCUUUGUUGUGCUUGUUGCUGUAAACUUUUUGCGGUGCUUUAAACGGAGUAAACAUAUUUUUGAGCGGGUGUACUCUUAACGCAAAAUGUGCGGACAGCUUGAAAGCCAGUGUGCAGGAAAGCAUUUCAAAACUGGCUCAAAUUCCUGUUGUGUAUUCAAGACUAUUGUAAAAAGAAAGUGCUCCAGUAUCUGACCAUCGUUUUGAACA